ACGAUAAGUCCGAUAACGAUAGGAUUCUUGUGUUUAUUUUGUUUAAUGUAAUAUAGAACACAAAAUACUUGUUUUGAUUGCAUGAAAAUGUACGACGCGUUGGAACGCUGCCCAGGAGCCUACUGCGGACGAUCACCGCUGGGAAAUAACACCUGGAGCAGCUGCGGGGUCUGUCCCCGGGGAUCCCGGGUGAACCAAAGCUACGCCUGCACUCCAUGCCGCGACGAGUUGACCACAUACUCCUGGCUGUACCUGGGAUUCAUGACCAUGCUGCCGCUUAUGAUGCACUGCUUUUUUAUAGACAUGGACGCCAAGGAUCGCAAGUUUUCCCGGAAGCAGCUGAUCCUGACGGCCAGCGCUUUCGUUGAGGUGGCCAUAUCUGCUAUUCUGGCCACUUUGUUAAUGGAGCCUAUGUGGGAGCUGCGCCUCUACGCCUGUGAUGUUCGGAAACUUACUGACUGGUACACAUUGUUCUACAAUCCCAGCCCCAAUUACGAGGCACGAGUCUACUGCACCCAGGAGGCAGUUUACCCAUUGCAAACCAUUGUGCUGGUUUUCUACUUUCUGUGUCUGGUGAACAUGUUUCUUAUACGCCCGCUGGUCAGCAAAAUUAUGGAUGUGGGGGGCAGAAGCAAGGCGCCAAUUUACUCGGCUCUUUACUUUCUGCCCCUGCUCACCUUUAUCCAUGCGUUGGGAUGUGGGUUGAUCUAUUACUCUUUUCCCUACCUUAGCGUGGCCAUAUCCAUGGUGGCCAAUGCCAUCCACUAUUCUCUCAAACUGGAUCAAACCCUAAAGGCAUUGGUUCACUCCUCGGUGUGGGAGUUGAAGAACGUGGUCAUUAUAGCUGUACACUGGAUGCUGUUGGCCUACGGGCUCACCUCGCUGAAUUACCACUAUGCCUUUAUGUGCUUGGUGCCCUUUCCCACACUGUUCUACAUUCUGACCGUACGUUUCACGGAUCCGGCCGAGUUCCGGGAGCUGGAGUCGAGAAUUUGAUGCGGUGACUUGCAGAUGCAAGUUUUCCACGGCCGGGAAACUCGUCGAUCGACUGUUGUUAUCUAUGUGUAGUGUACGCGUCCUUUAAUUUAUUUACAUUUAGUGCGUAGCUUAGACUCAGACCUGAUACAGAUAUAAGUUAUCUAUCAGUGCAGCUCUGUAAACUAGUUGAACUUCAUAAAAAAUGUCUUCAAAGAUAAGAUUAUGAGCAGUUAA